AUGUCUGAUGUUGCACUUCCCUCCUUUAUGAACUUGACUUCAUCUCUAGAACGUUUGAGUCUUCAUGAUUGUCAACUAGAUGGAGAACUUCCAAGUGAAGUUUUUUCCCUUCCAUACCUCCAACACAUAGAUUUAGGUAGUAAUGAAAAUGUCACAGAUCUUAGCUAUAACAAACUUGCCGGUCAAAUUGACCAAAUUCAGAAGCCUAAUUCUCUGGAAUAUAUUGAUUUGAGUUCCAAUGACAUUCAUGGAUCAAUACCGAAUUCUUUUUUUGAUCUUGUGAGCCUUGAAACGCUUGAUCUUUCCUCAAACAACUUGAGUGGUGUCAUCAAGUCAAAUAUGCUUGCAAAACUCAAAUAUCUUAGGGAUCUUGAUCUUUCAAAUAAUAGUUUACUAUCAUUAAGCGCAAGCGAAAAUGAUAUUAACUAUUCCUUCCCUCAGCUUGUUAAAGUGUCAUUCUCUUCUUGUAGCAUAAGACAAUUCCCAAGUUUCUUUCGAACAUCAAAUUUGAAGAUUUUAGAUCUUUCCAGUAACAAGAUUCAUGGUGGAAUUUCCAAAUGGGAAGCAGAAGGGUGGGACAAUUUGAAAUCUUUGAACCUUUCUUACAACUUUUUGACCACUUUAGGGCAUUUUCCAGGAAAAAAUCUUGACGUUCUUGACCUUCGAUCCAACUUGCUUCAAGGUCCAAUUCUAUCAACUUGCUUGAAUAAUCAAAGUCCAAAUCCACCACAAUCUUUGAUUGCAUUCUACGUUUCAAAGAAUAAAUUAACCGGAAAUAUCCCUCUUUUGAUUUGCAAUUGGAGUUCACUUUUGAUUCUUGACUUGUCUAGAAAUAACUUGAGCGGAACUAUUCCAGAAUGUUUUGGAAAUCUCAGCUCUUCUCUCAUGGUAAUGAAUUUGGAGAUGAAUAAUUUUCACGGUAAAAUGCCUGAUUCUUUUAGAGGUAAUAACUUGGAAAUUCUUCUCCUCAAUGACAAUAAAUUGGAAGGAUUAUUGUCACGGUCUUUGGCUAAUUGUAGUUCCUUGAAACUUUCGAAUUUAAGGAACAACAAGUUCACUGAUACCUUUCCCCAUUGGUUUGCUUCACUUCCAAAUCUGCAAGUUCUUCUUUUACGAAAUAAUAGAUUGCAUGGUCCCAUGCCCAAUUCCAUAGCUUCAUCUAACUUCUCUGCACUGCAAAUAAUUGAUCUGUCUCAUAAUGAGCUCAACGGUCCCUUGCCAACAAAAUUCUUCCAAAAUUUGAGAGCAAUGAAAGAUAUACCUGAAGAGAGACCUUGGGAAUUCACGAGAUUCAUAAGUAGAGAUGUAGCUUUAUCUUUUAAUGACUAUUACUCAGUGAAUGUAACAACGAAAAGAUUGGAGAUUGAGUUGGUGAAAACCUUUGCCAUUUACACAUUUAUGGACUUUUCGAAUAAUCUAUUCUGUGGACAAAUUCCUGAAGAAUUCGGAGAACUUAUUUCGCUUCAAGGACUCAAUUUGCUUGGUGGCAGAAUUCCUUCUCAAUUGACGAAUCUGACAUUCCUCGAAGUAUUAAAUCUUUCACAAAAUGAUCUUGUGGGACCAAUUCCCCAUGGGAAGCAAUUUGAUACUUUUGAGAAUGAUUCUUAUGGUGGUAACUUGGGAUUGUGUGGCCUCCCACUGUCAAAACAAUGCGGUGACCCUGAACCAAAACCACUGGUACCAAUGGUUAAGGAAGAUGAAGGUUCUGAUAUAGCCUUUAUUUGGAAAGUUGUAAUGAUGGGCUAUGGAUGUGGAGUGGUGUUAGGAUUGAGCAUGGGAUACAUUGUAUUCACAACAGGAAGACCAUGGUGGUUUAUCAGAAUGGUUGAGAGAGAUUGGCAAAACAAUGUUACAAAGUGGAUUCGCAGAAACAGAGGAAGAAGAAACUAG